AUGAUGAAAACUCGCUAUGACUGCGGUACGGAAAUAAUCAAGAGUGCAAGCGCUGCAGCAGAUAUGGCAAAAUUUCGCCGACGACGAGCCAUCGUCUGGUGUUCGCCGUCCUUGCCGCGCUUACGCUUGGCUAGAGCGCAGCGAGGCCAGAGCGAAACAGUGAGCGGCCUCGGAGCGGACGCCGACGCGCAAGAUGACGUCGCGUGCGUGCAGGUUUUUGCGGACUGUCACCGGGUGAUUCGUAUGGCCACAUUAGCUGCUGAACUUAUUGCUGAACACCAAGAAAUUGCACAAAUUACACAAGAAUCAUGA